AUGCCAUUUGUCAAAGACUUUUCGCCAAUCCCCUUGGGCGACACCAAUCUGUUCAAGCCAAUCAAGGUUGGCAACAAUGAGUUGUUGCAUCGUGUUGUGAUGCCUCCUUUGACGAGAAUGAGGGCCACGCACCCGGGCAAUGUCCCAAACAAGGACUGGGCCGCAGAGUACUAUGAUCAGCGCUCCAAAAGGGCCGGAACCAUGCUCAUCACCGAGGGCACCUUCCCGUCCGCGCAAAGCGGUGGCUACGACAAUCCGCCGGGCAUUUGGUCCAAGGAACAGUGCGAACAAUGGGAAAAGAUAUUCAGAAAGGUCCACGACAACAAAUCGUUCAUCUGGGUCCAAUUGUGGGUCCUCGGCAGACAGGCGUAUCCAGAUACGCUGGCAAGAGACGGAUUGCGCUACGACUCCGCUUCCGACGCCGUGUACAUGGACGCGGAGCAAGAGGAAAAGGCGAACAAGGCGAACAACCCCCAGCAUGGUAUCACGAAGGAUGAGAUCAAACAGUACAUCGCAGAUUACGUUCACGCCGCGAAGAACAGCAUCGAGGCAGGCGCCGAUGGGGUCGAGAUCCACGCCGCGAAUGGCUAUCUUUUGAACCAGUUUUUGGACCCAAUCUCCAACAAGAGAACGGACGGAUACGGCGGGUCCAUUGAAAACAGAGCUCGCUUCACCCUAGAAGUCGUCGACGCGGUUGUCGAAGCCAUUGGCGCCGACAAGGUCGGCAUCAGAUUUUCACCAUACGGCACAUUCGGCACCAUGUCUGGCGGCGCAGAACCGCUGAUCGUUGCUCAGUACGCCUACGUGUUGGGCGAACUGGAGAGAAGGGCCACCCAAGGCAGCCGUUUGUCGUACGUGCACCUCGUCGAGCCCCGCGUCACCAACCCGUUCUUCACCGAGGGCCAAGGCGAGUACGAGGGCGGCAGUAACGACUUUGCUUACUCGGUCUGGAAAGGGCUGAUCAUCAGAGCGGGUAACCUGGCUCUACAUCCUGAUGUCGUCGCGGACAUGGUCGACAACGACAGGACUCUGAUCGCGUACGGCAGAUAUUUCAUCGCGAACCCAGACAUCGUGGAGCGCGCCGAAAAAGGUCUACCGCUCAACAGCUACGACAGAGACACCUUCUACGCCAUGACGGACAAGGGCUACAUCGACUAUCCCACCUACGGCGAAGCCGUCAAGCUAGGCUGGUGA